AUGCUGCCGUUCAUUGCCAUCACCAACUACUGUCUCAGCCAAAACAUCCUGGGGAUGCUACGGCGUCUCAGUACCCUGCUCGUGGGCACCAUGAUCUGGUAUAUCUGCACUACUUUCUUCUUGUACGUUGAGGAUUUCACUGGCAGCUGCUACAAAUCGCCAGCACUGGAUGUGCAGUUCCGGGAACACCUCAGCAAGCGACAAUGCCACCAAGGUGGUGGCUUCUGGCAUGGCUUUGACAUCUCUGGGCACUCCUUCCUCCUAUCAUUCUGUGCCCUAAUGAUUGUGGAGGAGAUAGCUGUGCUGCGUGUCCUGAACACUAAUCGGAACCUAAGAUUACAUACAGUGGUCAAUGCCCUGUUCGUUGCCUUGAGUUUUCUGACCUUGAUAUGGGUCUGGAUGUUUUUUUGCACUGCUGUAUAUUUCCAUGACUUCUCCCAAAAAUUAUGUGGCACCCUAGUGGGUCUAUCAGCCUGGUAUGGAACAUACAGGUUCUGGUACUUGAAAUCCUUUUCUCCUGGACUUCCACCCCAAAUUGUUAGCUUGAGUUCAAAGAAACCUAAUCGUAGCAGAUAA